AUGGGUGGUCGAGCCUUCCCUGACCUUUGUGUCCCUCGCAUGAACCAUCAAACCUACAACCAGGUCAAACAUGCCGCACUCAAGGCUUUAUCUCAACGCUUUGCCAGCGUCACCGCCAUUCCCGAGGCUCCUGGGAAACUGGAUUAUGGCGAUGUCGACCUCGUCGUCGAGUUGCCAUCGUCCAUGCCGUUACCGUCUCAGCAAGUAAUUCUCGAUCUCGGAGCAGAGCACGUCAAAAUCAACCACCCAGUAUAUUCCUUCGCUGUCCCUCUCGAAAACACCAGAGACACAGUCCAGGCUUUUGCUCAAGUCGACGUCCAAGUCUGUCCCCCUGGCGACUUCGCAUGGACGACGUUCGUGAAUGGCUACGGCGACCUUGGCUCUAUACUCGGCACCUUCAAUUACGGUUAUGGCUUUACAUCUAAGAAUGACGGCUUCUUUGUCCGCAUCGAAGAACAAGAGGCGCAGAACCGGGCUGCAAGCCAGGUCUUCUUGAGUAAGGAUCCAGAUUUGGUCAUGGAUUUUCUGGGUCUUGACAAGUACAGAUUCCAUCAAGGGUUCGAGUCCGAGCGCCAACUUUUUGACUGGGCCGUGAACUCUAGGCUUUUCAAUCGCAGAUUGGUGGAGAAGAGAAGGGACAACUCUGACAACCGGAGUCGAAUGGAGAAACGUUCGAUGUUCCGCAACUUCGUGUCUCAAUACCUGCCUUCUCUUCCAGAUGUCGGCACUGACGCUACUGGAACCCGAGCUGCUUAUACCAACGCCGCUUUGGUGUUCUUCGACACACAAGAUGAGUUCAACACUCGUCGUCUCAAGAUAAUCAACGAGAACAAGGAGGACCACGCAUGGGACAUAAUCAAGACCACAGUCCUCCAACCACUGGCCAAGCUAGAAGAAAAAAGACUAAACGAGGUCGUCAGAGCCUUGAAGAGGUUCGUGGCCUUUAAGGGUGGUGAGCCAGUCAUGUGCUCCGAACCAGAGAUGGAUGCUGAGGACCAAGCUCGAUUCGCUCGAUACAUCACUGCAGCAGAUGAGGUAGCGCCCAAUCUGCGCGAGUGGAUUCUCAACAACUGGAAGGAGGUCAGGUCGCAGGAAAGACAAAGGGCUAAAGGUAGCAGAAGGUUGGAGGGCCAGCAAGGAUGA